AUGGAAGCUGAGCUGGCUGCAGCGCGGGAAGAGACGGUACGACUAAAGCGCGAGAAAGCAGCGACGGAAGCGCAGGUCAGCCAGCUUGAGCAGCAGCUUCGCUUUUGCUCUACUGAGAAGCUUGAGGCCGCCCGCAUUCUGGAGUCCGCUUGGCGGCAGGCAGAAGCAGUGGCUGCUGAGGACGGAACCUGCAACAGCAACACCCACAAGAAGAGCUGCAACAACAAAAACAGUGAGAACAGCAGCAAUAACGAGGGCCACCACCAGGAGCUUCAUGCGUCUUUCGAAGGGGGCAACGAUGGCAGCAGUUUCUGCGCGGGCAGUGUACAGCAGCACGCUCUGCGGGUGACCCGUGCGGUAUCUCAAUUGGAAAGUCUAGUAGCAAAACUUAGGCGGCACCUCCAUGAAUCUCAGGCUUUGUCUGAGGAGCACUUACACCAGUUAAAGCAGAUGAAGCAGCAGCUUAAGGAGCAACAGAUGCUGCUUGAACAAAGGGAGCAGGCCCUGACACAGGAGAAGGAUAUCUCUUCGCGUCUCCGCCGCCAAUGCAACGCCGCAACAGCAAAAACCAAGCAGUUAACUGCUGCUUCUAAAGAGCUGCAAAGGGCUGCCAUAGACUUGAGCCUUAAACGGUGCUCUCCUCAAAAGAUUUGGGAGAGAGCAGGAGCAACAAAAGCACCAGCAACUGCUCCGGUUGGUGCGGCGUCAAAAUCAAGGGAUGCUGCUACUGUUGCACAGUCGACAGCAUCGAUGCACCUCCCAGGCCUCCUCAAUAGCAGCGGCGCUGCCCAGGUCGCUGCAGCGAUUGCUUCUGAAGCUACAAGGCUAUUUACUGCAGCACAGAAGGAAAUGACUCAGGGGCUGCAACAACAGCCUAUUCAAGAAGGGCCAGAGAACGACGCAAAACAAGCCACCGACACAAACCACCCACUGCCUCAGUCUCAUUGGCGCUGUAGCGCAGCACUCUCCUCAUCAUUCGAAAGCUCGUUGUACGCCAGCAGAAGCGGAUGGAGCGCAGCAAAACCCUCAGCAGCAGGAGCCGCGGUCUUGCAACCAGCAGAUUUGCGAGGCGGAAGAACUGCGAACGCAGCAGCACCAAUUGCUCCUUCUCCAGAAUCAGCAGCAGCGGCUGCUUCAGCAAAAACAGCACGAGUUGCUAGAGACGCAACAUCGAAAGCAGCGUGCUGGGCUGCUAAGAGCGAACCCCCGCGGCGGUCUGGCUUGCUCGCACCGACUGCUGCUCCUAGAGGGCCUCUGUGGAAGAGUUCCCACGGCGCGCGGGCGGCCACUGCAGUAGUAGCAGCAGCAGCCAUAGAAGCAGCAGAGCCACUUGCCCUUGAUGAGCCGUCUGAUACGCCUCUUACCAGACCUCAGACCAGGUACGGUCACCGUGCCGCGGCUGCCAAAGGCAGCAGCAGUGGGGCAGCUGAAUACUGUGCAUCUCCAGCAGCAAGAUACACCGUGAAAAGGCUGCUGCAGUGCGGAAGGCGGGCAAGAGGCAGGAGCCCUCAGUCUUCAACCACUGGCAGCCCCAAUGUCUCUGCGUUGCCAGCCUCUCCCUCUGCUGCCUACCACUCCGUGUCUGCUACUGAGGCUCGCCAAAGAACACUCCAGACACGGAAGCUGGGAAGGGCACCGGCGGCAGAUGCGGCCGCCGCUCCAGGGCGGAGCAAAACACAUCUUUCCCUGGCCCGCAGUCCGGUGGCUAGAUGCCCAAGGGCUCCGGCCUUGAAAUGUCGCAAGGGAACCGCCACUGUUUCGCCUUGGAGAGAGCGGCGCUCCUGGGCUUUAGCAGCAGCAGUAGAGAAUCUUAUCCUUGUCAAGCUUGAAGCCCUACAUCCUAACUUCCUAAAGAUGAUCGCUGAAGACCAGAACGUCCCAUCAGCCAGCAGCGAAGACUCCUCCUCGGCUCCUGCUGAUCCUAUCAAGGCACGAAACCGUAAACUGUAA